AAUGACAUCAAUGUCAAAUAUCAAAACGUAAAAACAAAUACAUAGAAAUCUGUUUUUUACGCGCCAAAAUAAACUGUUGCUGUAGUAAUUAAAUUAAGUGAAAAGUGGAUUAACACAUAUUAAUACUAAACGGUUUAUAAAAGUUAUAAAAAUAUGGAUAAUAUAAGAGAGAUUGUUAACGGUAGUCAAUUGAAAGGAUUCAUCAACAAAAAAGUAAGCAUCACAGGCUUUGUGACUGAUAAGGCCCCCAAUGGCAUGUGGUUCGAUUUAAGGGCCGCGGACGAUGAAAUCGUGAGAAUUUCAUUAAAGAGACCGCUCGAUAAACCACUUGAAGGAUAUGUUGAGGUACAUGGAACUUCUUCUGGGAAAGGAGUUAUGGCAGAUGAAUUUAUUAUAUUUAACAAUGAAACUUUUGAUGCUAAAGCUCACAAUACUCUUUGUACUCUUCUGUACACGGUACCCAAUAUUUGGAAUACUUCUUAGAAAUAAGAUAUCUUAGGUGUUACUGUUAUUUACCCAUUAUUGUUUAUUUUUGAUUUAAUAAGAAUUAAUAAAAACAUUAAAAGUAA